CUGACCCAAGUCCAACCUCUGGCCUUGUACUACAACGACCCAUUAAGUAGAAUUCUCCAUCGUUUUUCUAUAAACGUUCUUUCCAGUAUCAUCGUGACUCAUUUCAAUACAGCAAAAGUCGUUUUCUUGAUCUUAUCGUGACUCAUUUCAAAGCUUUCUCGAUCCCUGCAAGUCUGUUAUUCUACUAAUCUUCUAAUCCUUCAUUAUUUGUUCGUCGAUCCUCUCUUCCAUACCAAACUCAUCAUGGCCCCUAACAUCAGUAACACUGCUGCGAAAAUCGCCAGCCUUGUGAAGCCUGCGAGCAUACCCAGCAGAGCUUACGUUACGUUUUUAGCAGGCGACGGCAACUAUUAUAAAGGGGCUGUCGGUUUGGCCAAGGGGCUGAGGAAUGUGAAGAGCGUUUACCCGCUCGUUGUAGCUGUCUUGUCGGACGUUCCAGAGGAGCAUCGCCAGAUUCUGGAAUCCCAGGGAUGCAUUGUCAGAGAAAUACAGCCGGUGUAUCCUCCGGAAAACCAGACCCAAUUCGCCAUGGCAUAUUAUGUCAUCAACUACUCCAAACUGCGAAUCUGGGAGUUUGUAGAAUAUAGCAAGAUGAUAUACUUGGAUUCGGAUAUUCAAGUUUACGACAACAUAGAUCAUCUGUUUGAUCUCCCCGGCGGCCACUUUUACGCAGUGAUGGAUUGUUUCUGCGAGAAAACAUGGAGUAACACACCCCAAUUCAAGAUCGGAUACUGCCAGCAGUGCCCAGACAAGGUGAAGUGGCCUGCUGAGUUGGGUCCACCUCCGUCCCUUUACUUCAACGCCGGCAUGUUCGUCUUUGAGCCUAGCCUCUCUACCUGCGACGAUCUCUUGAAAACCCUACAAGUCACACCUGCCACCUCGUUUGCAGAGCAGGAUUUCUUGAAUAUGUUCUUCAAGGAUAUUUACAAGCCCAUUCCUCUGGUCUACAACCUGGUCUUGGCGAUGUUGUGGCGACACCCUGAGAACGUAGAUCUGGAUAAAGUGAAAGUCGUUCACUAUUGUGCAGCGGGAUCGAAGCCAUGGAGGUACACGGGGAAGGAGGAGAACAUGCAUAGGGAGGACAUAAAGAUGCUUGUGAAGAAAUGGUGGGAUGUGUACAACGACGAAUCAUUGAACUACAAGAAACCGGCGGCAAUAGCGGACGGCGAGGCAGAGCUGACGAAGGGCGUGGAUUUGGAGCCAUUCCGGGCGGCGUUGUCGGAGGCAGGCGUGGUUCACUACCUUACUGCCCCAUCGGCUGCUUAAUAUCUAGAUCAAAUGGCCUUUACACUCCGAUGUA